CCCCCCCUCCGUCCGCCCUCCAACCCCCCGCCCGCCCGCCGAGCCCCGGAAAUGGCGGCGCUGGGAGGGGGCUCUGACAGCCGGGGGUGCUGAUCCGGCCGCCGUGUCCCCUGCCCGUACCUCCCCGCCCAUGGGUGAGACAUGGACUACGAGUUCAAGUCGAAGCUGGCGGCCGAGCGCGAGCGGGUGGAGGACCUGUUCGAGUACGAAGGCUGCAAAGUGGGCAGAGGCACCUACGGGCACGUCUACAAGGCCCGUCGCAAGGACGGAAAAGAUGAAAAGGAAUAUGCACUGAAACAAAUUGAAGGUACAGGAAUAUCCAUGUCGGCCUGUAGAGAGAUUGCACUUUUACGAGAGUUGAAGCACCCUAACGUGAUUGCAUUGCAGAAGGUUUUCCUUUCUCAUAGUGACAGAAAGGUUUGGCUGCUGUUUGAUUAUGCUGAGCAUGAUUUGUGGCAUAUUAUCAAGUUUCACCGUGCCUCAAAAGCAAAUAAAAAGCCCAUGCAGUUGCCAAGAUCUAUGGUUAAAUCCCUGCUCUACCAGAUCCUCGAUGGAAUCCAUUACCUCCAUGCAAACUGGGUGCUCCACAGAGAUCUGAAACCAGCAAACAUUCUGGUAAUGGGUGAAGGUCCUGAAAGAGGAAGAGUCAAAAUAGCUGAUAUGGGUUUUGCAAGGUUGUUCAACUCACCUUUGAAGCCAUUGGCAGACUUGGAUCCAGUUGUGGUGACAUUCUGGUACAGAGCUCCAGAGCUAUUACUUGGAGCCAGACAUUACACAAAGGCUAUUGAUAUUUGGGCAAUUGGCUGCAUAUUUGCUGAACUGUUGACUUCAGAACCCAUAUUUCACUGUCGUCAGGAGGACAUCAAAACAAGUAAUCCUUUUCAUCAUGAUCAGCUAGAUCGCAUUUUCAGUGUAAUGGGAUUCCCUGCAGAUAAAGAUUGGGAAGACAUAAGGAAGAUGCCAGAAUACCCAACUCUUCAGAAAGAUUUUAGGAGAACAACAUAUGCCAAUAGUAGCCUCAUAAAAUACAUGGAGAAACACAAAGUCAAGCCUGACAGCAAAGUUUUUCUUUUGCUUCAGAAGCUUCUUACUAUGGACCCUACAAAGAGAAUUACCUCAGAGCAGGCUUUGCAGGACCCCUACUUUCAAGAGGAUCCUCUGCCUACAUCAGAUGUAUUUGCUGGCUGUCAGAUUCCAUAUCCUAAAAGAGAAUUCCUCAACGAAGAUGAACCUGAAGAGAAAGGGGAUAAGAAUCAACAGCAGCAGAAUCAACAUCAGCAGCAAACAGCACCUCAGCAGCAGCCGCAGGCAGCGCCGCAGCAACCACAACCACAGCAGCAGAACAGCACCCAGACCAAUGGGACAGCCGGGGCCACUGGUGCAGGAGGAGGGGGAGCAGGUGCAGGGCUCCAGCACAGCCAGGACUCCAGCCUCAACCAGGUGCCUCCCAACAAGAAACCACGCAUAGGGCCUUCAGGCACUAACUCAGGCGGGCCUGUCAUGCCUUCAGAUUAUCAGCACUCCAGCUCACGCCUGAGUUACCAAAGCAACAUUCAGGGAUCUUCUCAGUCCCAGAGUACAAUGGGCUAUUCCACAUCGUCUCAGCAGAGCUCCCAGUAUCACCAAUCUCAUCAGUCUCAUAGGUACUGAGAGGGCUGACUCAAAGGAAAGGACUAAAAGCCAGAAGACUCCAGCAAUAUGAAGUUCAUAACAAUGAGAAGAACCAAAAAUACAAACUUAUGAUGCAGAAUUAAAUUCACAAUGACAAAAGGAAAACUUCACUCACUGAAGACUCUCCCCAUAGCCCCCCAUCCCUUUAUUGCCAUAAAAGAGAUUCUCGUGAAGUUUUCCUUCCUCCCUGCCCUUGCAUGUGCUCCAUUGUGGUUACUCUAACGAACUCUUCUGAUCUGAACCCAGCACUUAACUUCUUUAACCUUUGGAAUUUUGAAGGAUUCCUGGUGCACCUUCCUUAUGCUGUAGUGAUUGCCAUAAAUCUGUCUUUUCAAUCUCUUUGAUGGGAUUUUAAAGUUUUAAAAUCUUGAACUCCCAGGCUUUCAAGCUUGUAUAUAGUUAGUUUUAUACUAGGCAAACCAGUUUAGCUAUACAGGUAUAUUGCACCUUUUUAAAGCACUAUGUUAUUUUCACAGGAUAUUACUGUUUUGCUCAUGGAUGUCAAGAACAGCAAGAUUUUACUGUUCCAGAGUAUUUUACUAUUCUGUUUUUAUUAGUCUAGUUUUCAGGCGAGGUCUUAAAAAUAGAAAAUUUAAAAAAGAAAUAAAAUUUAAAAAAGAAAAGAACAAAAAAAGUAAAAAACCCACCCAAGUCUCUGCAGCGGCAGAUAGGCUUCAUGCUACUGGACUGAACGCCAAACAGAAGAUUACUGAUAUUUCUUAACUCAUUCACAUUGAAUUCUUGAAAUCACAGUGAUCAUGCUCUGACUAGUUUUAAACUAAGCGUUAUUUUAAAUGAAACCAGGACAGUCACAUGAAAAGGAGAUGCUUUCAGGAUCUGUUGGAACAGAAGAAUGGAAUGUCUUCCCAGGCUGGACACCAAAAUAGUCAGGAAAAGGUAUUUACUGCCCUCAAGUCUCAGUAGGAAUGUGGAUGAUGGUCUUGUUUUUCUGUUAAGCAGCUGAUUAAUGUACAUGAGAGUUCUAUAAAUUUUGCCUUCUUUCACAUUCCUGAGCCAGUUUUCUAAAUGUAAAGGUGACAGAAAUACUAAGACUUGAGAAAACAAAUGCAUUUAAUAAUUUUAUGUUAGAAUUAAUAAUUCAGAGAAAUUAUUGUGCAGUUUGAAAAGCAUGUUGAAAAUUAUUCCUUUUUCAUGUUUAUAAUGCAUAUUCUGUGUCCCUCAUAUUGCUGUGAUUAACCCAGAUUAGUUACACCAGAUGCGCUUGAUUGCACUGAAAUGUUUCUUUUUCCCUAGAGCAAACAUGUUUUGAUUGUGCCUAAGGAUUGUAAGUGGAUGGGUAGCUGGCAGAAAAUCCCCAGUAAUUAAGCAAGAGUCCAGAAGCAUAAUCGGAGGAUUAUUGUCCAACUUCUGAAACCACAGUUACUCGGGGAGACACAACAUGUAAUUUGGGACCACUUCAUUUUUCUUUCAGCCUUCAGAAAUAAGACUGGCUCUUGUUACAGAAAAACUGGAAAAAUGCUUUUAGAAAGCUACUAGCAAUGUAACAUCAGUGAACUUCUAUAACUAGUGUCCAGAGAAGAGGUGAAGUGAGUAGAGUUCAUCUGUAAAUGGUUAAUGUUACAGCCUUUUGUGCUGCAGUGUUCUCAUCUGUAUUGUAUCCAUACAAAAAAAUGGUAUAUACACAUACACAUUCACACUCAAGUUGUGAUCAGACCUAGCAAGAUGGGUAAAUCUGUUUGCUCUGAGGAGAAUGUUUUUCAUUGCAGCUAGACAUGUACAUGUUUCUACUGGAUUUAAUCUCCCAGUUGCUUUUAGUGCUCCAUUCCGCCUCAAACAGGUGUUGUUUUCAUACUUCUUGUGAGCAGUUAGUUGGCUUACCUUGGCUCUCUCUACCACAAUGUGGUUUUGACAAACCCAGCUUCUCUGGAAAAGCAACCAAAACUUGUUUUUGUCAUCAGCUGGGUAAGAAGGUGGUGAAAAUGAAAUUAAGCAACUUGAAGGAAAAAAAUAUUUCAGGGGAAAAAUAAUCUCCCAAAAGGUACUUUCAGUGUGUAACCUUUGAACUGCUACAUAUUAUACAUACCCUAGUAGCCUGUUUGAAAGAACUGAUUUUAAUUGUUCCUUUAUUUCAAUGAGCCUGGGGUUACAUUCUUUCCUUAAGUGGGGUAUCUCACCUCUUACUGAGCUUAGGAUGAGUACCUUUUAGCUAAUGGAUAUUUGGGCAGUACCAUAAAGUAACAUAUAUUUGUAUUUCUGUGACUUGAAUGUCACAUUUCUGGAAAUGAACCUUUGGCAGAGUAAUUUUUGUCCCCUCCUGUUCUUUUCACCCUUCUGUUCUCUGAAAAUCUUUUGUCUUCCCCAUUACAGUUACCUAACAAUUCUUCACUCUACUGCAUCUGAUCAUCAAAAUUCAUAUAAUGUCAGGAGGUGGCAAGGGGAAGUGUUACCAUACAGUUAAUUAAGGUGGGCUUUUGUGCCAAUAAGGCAAAAUCAUGGUGUGGAUUAAUCUGCAUAUAUGUAGAGUGUGAAACUUCACAGCAAUGUAAGGUACUUUAAUUGAGUGAGCUUCCAGCUUCUAGAAUGACUGCCAUGACCUCUCUCUAAGCUGAACUGACGUUUCUGCCUUGGUUUGAUAGAUGACCACACGCCAUUCCUCUCUAGCUUUUGUGUGCACGCAUGAAGCCGAGCUGACUUCCUCUGUUGCCUUCAAACUCACAACUGGGAGGAGAGCGUAUAAAAGCAAAAGUGUUUUCUGCAAACCUUAAGCUGUGUGCACUCUUCUAGUUGCUUCCUGGUGGUGAAAUAGUUCGCCUGUCCUUGUGAGCUUUACAUGUAUUGCUGCGGUGGGUGGCAGUUGUAGCAGAAGAAGCCUUGCUUUCCAGGGAUCAUCCCGCGAGGUAAAAAUGCUCCGCUUUCAGAAGUGAAUCAUGCAGUGUGUCAUGGGAAGCCAGGACCACAUCAUUUUUAUGUUCUUUUCUACCUGUGCAGUUUCAUUAGUACUCAUAGCUCUGUCUCUGCCCAUAACUUUACACCCUGACCAAAGUGUUUCACACCAGUACCAAGAGAGGCGGGUGACACCGGCAGAGCUGUCUUCUCCAUCCUGGUCGCCUGGUGGGAGAGCAGCGCUGAGUACAGCUUUUCCCAUCAUGGCUCAGAAGAAACAAAUGCGUGGAAAAUGAACGGGAUGAGCAGCCUGGUCCGCAUUGGUGGAGUUUUUAUGUAGCACAAACUGCACAAUGAAGGAAAAAUAUAGGGAAAGCUGCGAGUCCUGCACUGUAUCUGUGACACUGUAUCUGGGGAGGGGGAGGGAAGAGCAUUCAUAGCGGAAGGGGUGGCGGGAAGCUAGAAGUGUUCAAAUAUGUAUAAUAUUUUAUAUAAGCAUAAUAAGCUUAGUCCCCCUUCAUAAUCUUCAGGAAUGGUACUUUAACACCAUUAAGCAAAGAAUUGUUUUAGGAUUAAAUAAAUGUAUUGUACAUAAGGCCAUACAUAAUCUUCUAAAAAUGUCGCUGGACAGGAGCGAUGUGUAUUACUAUAUGAAAAAAAAAAGUCCUUAAUGCACUGUUAUCUCCUAAAUAUUUAGUAGUAAAUUAAUACUAUUUAAUUUUUUUAAAAAUUUGUCUUGUGUAGACACUAAAAAGUAUUACACAAAAUCUGGACAGAACGUGUCCUUUUUAACAGCAAUUUAAAGAACUUUUUAUAUAUGUAAGGUAGUAACUUUUCCAAUUGUUCUAGUUGUAUUUUCCCAUGUUUACUAUUUGUGGAAGUGUGCCUGUCUCUCUUCAGUUUUUUUUUUUUCUAAUAAUUUCGUGCACGCAUCUUUCAUUUUUGUAGUUUUCAUUAGAAAUUAUUGUGUAUGUGCCUCAUGCUGCCACAAAAUUUUGCCGCUGUAGAUCUGUGGUGACCACAUUUGGCAGUGCCUGUGCCAAUGGGCUAGAAAAACCACAAAGCAAAAUACUUGUUUCUCAUUCUGGAGUUGAGAGUUUACUGCUUUUAAGUUGUCCUGAUGUCACUCUUGAAAUGACUGUUAAAACUAAACUAUGAGUUCAUUGCAUUUAUUUUAUAUUAUUGGUUGUAAUGAAAUGGAAUUGACUUUGCUUCAGUGUGAAUUUUUUUGAUAAAAUAAUAUACAUUUGUAAUAAUAAUAAUAAAAAGUUCAAUCAAA